UGGAUUUAUAGUUUAUAGUAACCGCGAAGGAUUCGAUUCUGCGUUAAAUGUGCAGUCACAUAAGCUCGAAGGGAACACUUUGAAAGUUGAGCCCGCAGGCACUAAUAGUGAGAAUUAAUCGGGUAAUUUUUUAGUAGUUUUAGUUUAGUUAUGAGUACCGAAAAUUUUGAUGAUUUGGCGGAACUGGGAAUCGAGGAAGAUGAGGCGACCUUAAAUUUUUUAAAUGCUGCUGACCACGUUAAAAAACUCGUUUCAACCCUUGAUAAUAAUACACUAUUAGAUCUGUACGGCCUUUACAAGCAGGCAACCGAAGGUCCCUGUAAUAUUCCGCGGCCUAGUUGGUAUAAUAUGAAGGCACGAUCAAAGUGGGACGCAUGGAAUAAAUUGUGCAACAUCCCCCAACAUGAAGCAAAAACUGACUACGUUAAGCUUGUCAGAAGUCUGGACAACAAAUUUAUGAACAACACAGAGAAGUGGGUCAGCGUAUCGAUUUUUCAACAAAAUGAGGAGGUGCUAAAUGAUGGUGAGAAGUCUUUGUUAGAUUAUGUAAAAGACGGAAAUAAGAACGUAGUUACAAACAUCCUAGGAAAAGUUGAUGUGGAAGAUCGUGCCGACUUAUUAAAUCAGCUGGAUGAGAGUGGAAUGGGUUUAAUCCAUUGGGCCGCCGACAGAGGCCACCAUGAGAUCAUAAGCAUCCUAAUUUCGAAUGGAAUCGAUGUCAAUUUGGAAGACAGCGAAAUGCAAACUUCUUUACAUUAUGCAGCUGCUUGUGGUCAUAAAGAAUGCGUGCGGGUACUAUUAGAAAACAAUGCUGACGUUAACCUUGCAGAUGAUUCAGGUUUUACACCUAAGGAUGUUACAACUGAUGAAGAAAUUGUAAAAAUGUUAAUGGAAUGAUUAUACCUUUUGAAAGAA